GUAACGGGACACUGACAGAACGCGCUGGGGCUUCUUUUCUUUUCUUCCUGUGAUUACAAACGCACCGCUGACGGGACCCGCGCGCUCCGAACUCGCCCCGCCCCCUCGGUGCCGGUCCGCCGAUAUCCCAGAAUUCCCGGCACUCGCGGGAGCGCAGAGGAAGAGCUCGCGAGCGCAGGGACGGCGCCGCCUCAGGGACAGAUCACCCGCCCGUCUCCGGUUAUUAAUCGAUGUGUGUUUAUUAAUAACGGGCGGCUCGCGAGCGGCUCUUCGGCAGAGGCGCGGUCGCCGCGGUUUUCCCCGCUGUUCCGAGUGAACCGAGACCCCGGUUUUUUUUUUAUUUUUAUAAUUUUUUUAAGAGAAGUGCGGACGGUCCUGGUUCCGGAGCGCCUCAGAGAGAAGCGGACCCGAACGGUCCGGAGCGGAACGAACGGUGUGUGUGUGUGUGUGUGUGUGUGUGUGUGUGUGUGUGUGUGUGUGUGUGUGUGUCGUACUGAGCGCCGUUGUUGUCGUCUCCGGAGCGGCUGGAUGGAGUAGGAGGAGGAGGAGGACCGACCCGAGUUGCUCCCUAAAUGAGCGAGGAGCUGAGGGCCCAGCAUGAAGAAGUCAACAAGGCCAGCUGUCGCUAAGACCCAGAGCUCUGAGCGGGGCAAGGCCGAGGGUGCGGCAGCGGGCGCAGCGGGCAAAGCUGCCACCAAGACCCCCAGCACAGCACCAUUAUCCAAGGCUAAAAGCAACGACGACCUGCUGGCAGCCAUGACGGGGACAGCCCCGACUGCUAACAGCACUGCUAAGGGCAAGAAAAGCAGUUCUACACAGCCACCCUCGACAGCGGCCUCCUCUGGGAACCCAGAAGGGAAGGCCAGGCCCAGCUCUAGCUCUUCAGUGAAACGCGGGAGCACUUUAGCAACCAAAGAGCCCAGCUCGUCCCGGGACCGCAUGCGGAACUCCAGGAAUACGAGUAGCCGGAAGCUCUCCACAAUGGUGACGACAUCGGGGCCCGCUGAUGCCUUGCAGACCAAGCGCUCCCGCAGCCGCACCCUAGUAGAGUCUGAGACCCGUAUGAGCAAGUCCAAGUCGGACGGGCAAAUUGGUGACAAAGUGGCACUGGAGGCCCGGGUGAAGGACCUGCUGGGGCUGGCCAAGAGCAAGGACGUUGAGAUCCUUCAGCUGCGCAGCGAGCUCCGGGAUAUGCGUGCGCAGCUGGGCCUGGACGAUGAGCCGACUGCCUGUGAGGGUGCAGAUGGCGAUGCAGACGGCCGACCCCACGGCAAGGAAGCUCCUGCAAUCACGGCUGCUGACGUGGAGUCCACACUGCUGCUGCUCCAGGACCAAAAUCAGAGUAUCCGUGAGGAACUGAACCUGCUGAAGAACGAGAACCGCAUGCUGAAGGACAGGCUCAACGCUCUGGGAUUUUCCCUGGAGCAACGGCAGGACGGGCCUGACAAGCUCUACGGGUACCAGUCGGCCAGCCCUGACCCAGUGACAGACGGCGGGCACAGCGACCGGGGCGGUGCCCUUGCCUCCUCAGUAGAGGGUUCCGCCCCUGGCUCCAUGGAGGACCUGCUUGCUGAGCACCAGCGCAGCAGCUCUGUGGACAACCUGGACAGCGAGUCUAGUGAGGUGUACCAGCCUGUCACCUCGAGUGAUGACGCCCUGGACGCCCCAUCCGGCUCCUCGUCUUCGUCCUCUGAGUCGGAAGGCGCCCCUAGCCGAGAGCGCUCCCGCAAGGGCAGCAGUGGAAACACCAGUGAGGUGUCGGUGGCCUGCCUGACGGAGCGAAUCCACCAGAUGGAGGAGAACCAGCACAGCACGGCCGAGGAACUCCAGGCCACCCUGCAGGAGCUGGCCGACCUUCAGCAGAUAACCCAGGAGCUCAAUGGCGAGAAUGAGCGCCUGGGUGAGGAGAAAGUCAUCCUUAUGGACUCACUGUGCCAACAGAGCGACAAGCUGGAGCACCGUGGCCGGCAGAUCGAGUACUUGCGCUCCCUUCUGGAUGAGCAUCACAUUGCCUACACCAUGGACGAGGACGUGAAGAGCGGGCGCUACAUGGAACUGGAGCAGCGCUACGUGGAACUGGCCGAUAACGCCCGCUUCGAACGUGAGCAGCUGCUUGGCGUGCAGCAGCAUCUCAGCAACACGCUAAAGAUGGCUGAACAGGACAAUAAGGAGGCGCAGGAGAUCAUUGGUGCACUGAAGGAGCGCAACCACCACAUGGAGCGCAUCGUCGAGUCCGAACGGCAGGAGCGUGCGGCUAUAGCGGCCGCCCUGGACGAGUACAAGGCGGCGGCGAGCAGCGACCAGGCUGAGUUGAGCCGCCUCCGGGCACAGCUGGAGCAGGAGAGGCAGAAGGUCGCCGAGCUCUACUCCAUCCACAACUCCGGGGACAAAAGCGACAUCCGGGAGCUGCUGGAGAGCGUGCGGCUAGACAAGGAACGAGCGGAGACCAAGGCUGUUGAGCUGCAGGAGGAGCUGACCCAUUCCCGCAGCGAGGAGGCCCGUCUCCGGGACACACUGAACAAGCUGGAUGAGGAGUUCCGGGACUUCCGUGACGGGGUGCAGAAGCAGCUGGCAGAGCAAAAACGGACGCUCGAGAAGCAGCGCGAGGAGCUGGAGGAGAAGGACACAGAGAUUGGGGACAUGAAGGAAACCAUCUUUGAGCUGGAGGAUGAGGUGGAGCAACACCGUGCCCUCAAGCUGCAUGACAACCUCAUCAUCUCAGACCUGGAGAACUCAGUGAAGAAGUUGCAGGACCAGAAGCACGACAUGGAGCGCGAGAUUAAGAUUUUACACCGCAGACUGCGAGAGGAAUCAGCGGAGUGGCGCCAGUUCCAAGCCGACCUGCAAACAGCUGUUGUCAUCGCGAAUGAUAUCAAGUCGGAGGCACAGGAGGAGAUUGGGGACCUCCGGCGACGCCUCCAGGAGGCCCAGGAGAAGAAUGAGAAGUUGAGCAAGGAGCUGGAGGAGGUCAAGAACCGCAAGCAGGAUGAGGAGAGGGGCCGUGUGUACAACUACAUGAACGCUGUGGAGAGGGACCUGGCUGCCCUCCGCCAGGGAAUGGGUCUCAGCCGCCGCUCGUCCACCUCUUCGGAACCCUCGCCCACAGUCAAGACCCUCAUCAAGUCCUUUGACAGUGCCUCACAAGCUCCUGUUCCCACUGCAGCGCCCCCUACACCCACACCUGCUGCCACAGCCCUGCCCCGAACCCCUCUGAGUCCCAGCCCACUGAAGACCCCCCCAGCAGCUGCUGUGUCACCUAUACAGAGACACUCGAUAAGCGGGACCAUGUCAGCGCCAAAGCCUCUCUCAGCACUCGCUGACAAGAGGCCUAGCUACACGGAGAUCAGCGUCCCAGCAGAGCACCUCCUUCGAGGGAGCACUGGAAGUCGGCCCAGCUCCGCCCUGCAGAGAGUGAGCAACCUGGAGCCUUCCAAGGCCAUCUCAGUGUCCCGCCGCAGCAGUGAGGAGGUGAAGAGGGACAUCAGUGCCCCAGAGAGCAGUGCUUCCGCCUCACUUAUGGCUAUGGGUGCCACCCCCUCGCAGCUCUCCCUGUCCACAUCCUCCCCCACGGCAUCCGUGACCCCUACCACCCGCAGCCGCCUGCGGGAGGAGCGGAAAGACCCCCUCUCCGCUCUGGCCAGGGAGUAUGGUGGCUCCAAGAGGAACGCGCUGCUCAAGUGGUGCCAGAAGAAGACUGAAGGAUACCAGUUUGUGUUUCUCUCUUCCCCCCAGAACAUCGACAUAACCAACUUCAGCAGCAGCUGGAACGAUGGACUUGCCUUCUGCGCGGUCCUGCACACCUACCUGCCGGCACACAUCCCCUACCAUGAGCUCAACAGCCAGGACAAAAGACGGAACUUCACACUGGCCUUUCAGGCUGCUGAGAGCGUGGGGAUCAAGUCCACAUUGGACAUCAACGAGAUGGUGCGCACGGAGCGGCCCGACUGGCAGAGCGUCAUGACCUACGUCACGGCCAUAUACAAGUACUUUGAAACCUGACUCGCUCCAUAGCGGAGUCGCCUGCCCCCGCGCCCAGCUCCCAACUGUUGCUGUGGCAACGAUGCCUUGAAGAUGCCCCUUCCAUCACCAUUGGAUCCUCCGCACAGACUCCUUUGUGUGAACCUCAGCGAGUGCUUUGGCUCUGUCUCCCCGCCACCCCUUCCUGCUUGUCUUUUCUGCAGCAUCUUGCCCAGAAUGUUUCCCCGAUGAAGUGACUUCAAGUCCCGAGUUCUUCUCCAGUCGUGCGGGUGCUGAGGAGCAAACCGUCAUCCUUUCGCCAGUCAUCCCUCCUGCUUCUGAAGGAGCCCAACCUCUGUGCCUUUCCUUUGCACCAAUGUUUCCUUCUUUUAUUAUCCAAAAGACAAAAGCAAAGUCAGUGAUUGCUUCACUGUAAAUGUCCUCUGAAGUGUUUGUUGUGCACAUUUAAAAUCAGUUUGGAGGACAUUCUUCUGCCUUUUGAAUUCAUGAGUGAUUUGGCAAUUGCAGGACCCAAGUGUGCCCAUCACAGUGCCUGACUGAAUGGACUCUGUGUGGAUGAAAUGUUCCAAAGAGGGCUGAUGUGGAGGAAGGAACAAAGUUUUAAUUCACAUUAAUGCUGUAUUUUUUUUUUUUUUUUUUUUUUUUUUUUUUUUUUUUUUUACAGAAUUAGCUGUUGAAAUGGAAGCUGGUGACUAAUUUAAGGAUUAGUGAGAGAUCACUGAGCAGCUGCGCCAAAACACUACAUGGGCUGGAGGAAACCAGCCAAGAUCAUAAGCUUUAUGGAGGUGAUCUUGUCAUCUCACAAAGUCACAUUUAUAGUGCUUUGUUUAUUUUUUCAGCCUCACUGUCUGCAUUGACACUAAUAAUAAGAAACAAGACCGAGUUGGACAAUGGCUGUCCACCGGUGCAUGGGAUCAGGUUUGAGUUCAGUGACAACCUGCCGUCACUUUAUAACCCAAACAGGACAUCCUCGAGGGGGGUUAUAGUCUGUGAAAUCCUGGGAAAAAGUGUGUUCAAUAAGCUAAAAGCAGAUGCUGGGAGUAUUACGCUGACCCGCAGUCAAGUUCACGGCACUUGUAGGUGGUACCAUAAGCUCGCAGGGGCUGUUUUUGGACAGAUCCAGUCCUGGCAACGACCACUGCCUUUUGUUGUAUAAAAGCGACUUGCAUCAUGGAAGCACACGUUACAGUUCAUUAACUCUGCCUGCUUUCCAUUCCUGCUACUUGCCAAGCACAAGAUGAAGAAACAAUGAUGGCCCACAAUUUCCAUCCCAGAGUUUACAGCAUUUGGAUGCCUUAUGGAAAGACUUUCAGGUUGAGCUUAGAUGUUUAGGUCAUUUUGUGGAGCAUUCUGCUAAACAAAUAGGUUUGUUCGUUGCGUUUUAGACAUGAGUCAUAAGAGCUCAUCUGUGGAUGAAAAGUCAAGGAAAGGAUGUGGUGAUAAGGUGCCCUGUUAAGUCUGCUUUCCUGAAGAAUCAACCUUUAUGUCUCUCAAGCUGAUCUUUACUUGCUGGGCUUUUUUCAGCAACAUGUCAUUGUGUCCCAUGGCAAAACAGGGCUUUACAAUGAGACUCUUCUGUUUUUUAUUGCCCCUCGGCUGACUGCCGCCGUCUCCCAUACUAGAAAGGAGAGGAAAGUCGGUUGUUUUUGGUCACACAGCCAGAAACAUCGUUUUAUUGCUUUAAAUUGAUCAUUUCCAGUCAAGGCUCUCUGGCUUUGUGCAAUGGCUGGUUUCCACUGACAUCUGAGAGUUAGAAAUGGUAGAAAAAAAACGUUUUCUCAGUGCAGCAGCCUGAAUCCAGUGUUUCUGUGAUUCUGGCUUUCAAAGAAUAAAGGGCUUAAUAUUACAGUGCAACUGUUUAAAAGGCAAAAGGGGCAAUUUCAAAUUAAGGGCCAAAAAUAUUAGUUUAGGAAACUGUUCUAAGUAUAGGAAGCCUCAACUAUCAUGAGCAUGAUGCUGUGGACAGAGUAGCCGUAAAUCGGGUUUGUACCGCAGAGUUGCUUUGCAUUGGUGCGACGGAGAGCCGGUUGGGUGCAGGUUCGGGAUGGAAUCUUCCCGACUGCCUUACACCCUCUUACUGCGUACAGCUUCUCCAGAAGCACCAAGUGCUCCCUCAUGGCCUUGCCUCAGGUCCUCUAGCUAUGCCUGAACGCCAUGUGCCCAGUAGCGGUCAAGAAGCACACUUCAGCCUCGGGUGGCGCUCUGCUCUUAAGAGCAGGAUGCUCUGUUCUUGGGCACCUACAUGUCUGCCACAGCUCGUCGCGAAUACUUGUCUGGUAUCAUUUUUCAACAUCUUAUCAGCUGUGUUUUUGUAUAAUAAGCUGCUGAACGUGUGGUGGAUACAGCAAGAACUCAUAAGCGGGGUUCCGAUGCUGUUCCCAUGGAAACAAGCUCCAAUAAAUGGCCAUGUUUACCAUGGUUCCUGUUCUUAGGACUACGCACCGUUCUCUCGUCCUCUGCCAGUGCGACGUACGCUGUACCUGCCUACAGCAUCGCUCUCCUCUGUUUCAGAAGCCAUGCGCAGAUAUUCUCCAGACAGAAUGACGCGAUUGCUUGUUGUGCUAACAAAGCAUAAAAAGAACAGAGUAACCAGUGGUUGAACCCUUAACCCCUGGAUGAACUUGAAUUAAUGUCAGACUUAAAAACCACAGCGGUGUCCGUGAGGAAACGACACAGAUAUCAGCACACUUAUUUUACAUGUAUUUUUGUGAAUGUAAUUGGCAUUUAAAGUGUUAUUUCCUAUCAGGAGUGCACUGCUUUUCUGAGCUGUAUGUUCUGUUAUAAAGUCAAUUGUAAGGCUGCAAAUUUUGUUGAAAUUAUGUACCGCCUCUUUUUUUUAAACUCGUGUGUAUGAAUCCAUACUGUCUUGCUUUUCUCAACUUAUGAAACACAGAUGCAAAUGGACAUUUUAUUCCAUUUUUGGUUUUCCUAGGCCAGUUGUCAAUUAAGUGUGGCUCAUACAUGGGCAAAUUCCCCCCCAUUCAGGAACAGUAGGAAAUUUUAAUAAAAAUA